AUGAAAAUAUUAAAAAGAAAUAAAACUUUGGAGAGAACGAAUUUUGACAAAAUAAAUAAUAUACAAAUAUAUGGAGAGAAUAAAAUACACUGCAAGGGGGGCUUCGUGUCAGGACCGGCCUUUUUAACGGUCAUCUCGUCCCUUCUUAUGAUAUUAAUCCCAGUUGCCAUCUUCCACGCCUUUACCUCAACAUGGUUCUUUGAAAGAGACAUUUACUACAUCUCAUUACUCAACCUGUUCUUCUUCACACUCACCAUUUACGCCUUUUUUAAAACGAGUUUUAUGGACCCUGGUAUAAUACCAAGACAGAAAUCCGUACUAAACAUUUACGAUGUGAUAGUCCAACAAUACCGGGAAACGCAACCACCACGACAGAAGGAGGUUUUGAUAAAUGGCAACUUUUACAAGCUCAAGUAUUGCUACACGUGUAACAUAUAUAGAGGCAUAAGAACUGUACAUUGUUCUAUUUGUGACAACUGUGUGGAGAAAUUCGAUCACCACUGCCCAUGGGUUGGCAAUUGCAUCGGCACAAGAAACUACAAAUACUUCGUGUACUUCGUUUUUAAUCUGUACAUCCUGAUAUGCAUAACUCUUGGUGCGAGUAUUUACAAACUGACCGUAUGCAUCAACAGCCUAUCCGACCAGGGUUACAACACGGAGAAAAUAUUUAUUCACAUAUGGCGCAUGGCCACAGAUAGCAUAGUUUUGAUCAUAUACACUAUCCUAACCUUGUGGUUCGUUAUAGGACUUCUGUGCUAUCACAUCUACACAAUUGUGACAAAUCAAACAACGUAUGAGCAAAUAAAAACCUUUUAUCAAAACGAUAAUCCAUUUAAUAUUGGUGUUUUUAACAAUAUAAAAGAGAUACUUUUCACGAAGACGAGGCCGUCCUACAUCGAUUUUGUGAACCCACAAUUACAAAUUGUGGAUCAGAAGUGCUCGCAUAAUGUAGUGGGCCUACACGAUGUAGCUAUCAACAUAGAGGAAGAACAAGAUGGUAGUAAUUAUUCACUCAGUAGUGGAAACAAAAAUGAAAAAAAAAAGAAAAAAUUUUCCUCCAUGGAAUCACGCAUAGGAGACUGCAAAUGGACCAAAAAAGGAAGAGAUUAUCAUUCGAUGAAUAUUCAUGAUAGCAAAUAUAGAACAAAAAAAUCUUAUAAUGUAAAGAAAAAGAUAAAGAAAGAAAAAAGUUUAGAAGAAUAUGAUAUUACCAAACUGAGCAAUAUUUCCUAUAAAGAAAUUGAAAUGAAUUCAACACAUUUCAAGUACGAUAAAAAUAAAAAUACCAAGUUGACUAAAAUUAAAUUUUCUAGUCUUAGGAAGAAGAAUAGCUACUCCGAAGAAUUAAGUUACGAUUUUGAACAAGUCAGUCCAUACACACAAAAAAGGAUCAUAAAUUUGGAUAAUGUCAUAGGUUCUUUAUACAUUAAGAACGACUCGUCAUCAACAGGCAGCUCUAAUAAUGAUAUGUGCAGUGACAUAUGUAACGAGAGCAGGGCCAGCUACGUAGGAGACGAAAUGAAUGCAGACGAACUAUAUGAAUAUCAGGAUGAUGAUAUAAUUCGAGUGCACAGAAAGAGAGUGAGCAAUAAUAACAACUACAUUAUUGUUAUUAAGAACUGGAAGAGAGACAGCGAAUACUCUAAGAGCGCUAUAGGAAAAGGAGGGGGGCUAAUCAAAAGUAGCUUGAGUACGGACUGCCCCAGUAGAAACAGUGCAGGGAAAAGCGGCCUACGCAAAAAAGGGAUACACGAUGGUGAUUCCCUUGCCCCACUUGGUCAUUCUAAACAAAUUAGAUGGAAACAAACUAACGGCGAAACAAAAAUUAAUUGCUUCAACAACAUGACGCACGUGAAGAAAACAUUAGAAUACCCAAUUCCGCGUAAGAAAAAAUUUCCAUUUAUGCGUAAGUUUAAAAAAAAAAUGAAGACCUAUUACGUAGUCAGAUACGCCAACAUAAAUAAGAAAGAUUUUUCGGCCUACUGCAAGAAGGCCAGUACGGACGUAGAAAUGAAUAGCGUUAAACAGAUGAGCAAGGUCAAGACGAUAAAGAAGGUAAACUACUUGCGGAAGUUAUUUUCCAGGAAGCGCCAUCAAGACAAAAGUGGUCAUAAGAAUCGGGGAAAAAAAAUGUUCAGCACCGCAGAGAGUGUCAGUUGGCAGGACGAAACAUGCAAUUGCAGUGGCGGCGGUGUCGAUGGAGCUGGGAGGAAUCCCCAAAAGGGACACGAUGACUGUUCUACCAAUGCGCAAGCCAGUGAGAAAAUUAUACUCAAAAAGAGGAAGAAGAAGAUGAUGGCCUUGCAGAAGGAUGUCAUCAUCAGCAUAUAUAAUUAUAAGCCCAAGGAUAAGAGGGAGAGGACCAAGCAGUGGGGUGCAAGCUCUGCCAUGUUGGGAAAAAAUGCACCGCAUGAAAAGGAACCAGUGGGUCAUGUGGAAGAAAAUGGCGAGCAUAAACGCAGCAGCGAGGAGGAGGAUACAGAUUUGUCUCAUCAAACCAACCUCCAAAUGCACGGAGACACCUCAACCAAACACGCAGAAGAGAAACAAAAGAUGAUGGACUUGAAGCUACCUGCAUAUUACCUCUCAGGAAUAGACAACGCUGAGCUGGAUAAUUUCAGCAAGAUAUGCGAAAUGAGGUACACCAAAAUGUACAAGUGGAAAUAUAAAAAGAUGCACAAGAGGAUACUGCGAAAGGAAAGAGUAAAACUGCUAUCCAGGCCGCACAAGAACAUCCACCUAUAUUAUAACAACAAAAAUUAUUGCAUUGACGAGUCUACAGAUUGGCAUCAAAACAGUCAACUGUUAAGCGAAUACAUGGACGCUAAUCAUAACUUUAAGAAAAUUAAAAAAAGCAAUAAAUUUGAUAAUUUAAAAUUGUUUAAUUAUUUAAUUCACAAGCAUAAACAAGAUAAAGACCGCUCAGAUAACAAAAAGAAAAGCAAGGCGUCCAAAUUUUUUUAUUUUUUUACAUCCUUUGCUCUAAUAAUUAAUUGUAUACACAUACCCGCUAGUAAUGAUAAUGACUGA